CGACGGCGCUGCAUCGACCUGCGGCUGGAACGAGAAUUUCCAGUGCGAUUGCCCAGCGCCGGUCGUGGACAUGAUGUGCAUGCAGGUUUUUGUUGGAUUUUGCUAUGCCGUCCUGCCGAAGAGCGACUGCAUUGCCCUGACAUGUGGCUUCAAUGAGAUCUGCCAGUGCGUUAUCCCCCCGCUGGCCGCGGACCUGGCGUGCACGCAGUUUGCCCCUGAAUUGUGCUAUGCCGUCCUGCCCAGGAGCGACGGCGCUGCCGUGACAUGCGGCCUGGAUGAGAUUUGCCAGUCCGAUAUUCCCGCGCGAGUCGCUGACCUCAUGGUCGUGCGGGCUGCUGCUGGAUUUUGCUAUGCCGUUCUGCCCAGGAGCGACGGCAUUUCCGUGACGUGCGGCUUGAAUGAGAUCUGCCGGUGCGUUAUCCCCGCGCUGGCCGCGGACCUGGUGUGCACUCAGUUUGCCGCUGUGUCUUGGUAUACCUAUGUGCCCACGUGCGACUGCAGUGUCGUGACAUGCGGCUUCAAUGAGAAUUGCCAGUGCGUUAUCCCUGCGGUGUUCGCGGACUUGAUGUGCAUGCAGGUUGCCAGUGGAUUUUGCCGCGCCGUCCUGCCCAGGAGCAGUGGCACUUCCGUGACAUGCGGUUGGAACGAGAACUGCCAGUGCCAUCGCCCAGCGCUGGCCGCGGACUUGGCGAACGCGCAGAACUUGGUGGCCACGCAGGUUGCUGAUGGAUUAUGCUAUACCGUUCUGCCCAGGAGCGACGGCGCUGCCGUGAGAUGUGCCUUGAAAGAGAACUGCUGGUGCGUUAUCCCCGCGCUGGCCGCGGGCCUGGUGCGCGCGCAGGUUGCCGGUGGAUUUUGCUAUACCGCCCCGCCUCGGAGCGACGGCGCCGCCGAGACACGCGGCUUGGAUGAGAAUGGUGAGUUCGAUCUCCCCGCGCUGGUUGCGGACCUGGCGGUCGCGCAGGUUGCCUCUGGAUCUUGCUAUGCAGUCCCGCCCAGGAGCGACGGUCUUGCUGUGACAUGCGGCGCGAGUGAGAACCGCGAGUGCGCUCGUCCAGCGCUGGCCGCGGACCUGGUGCACACGCAGGUUUCCGCUGGAUUUUGCUACGCCGUCCUGCCCCGAUGCGACGGCGCUGCCGUGACAUGCGGCUUCAAUGAGAACUGCCAGUGCGCGAUCCCUGCGCUGGUCUCGGACUUCAUGCGCAUGCAGAUUGCCGCUGGAUUUUGCUACUCUCUCCUGCCCAGGAGCGACGGCGCUGCCGUGUCGUGCGGUUGGAACGACAAUUGCCAGUGCGAUUGCUCAGCGCUGGCCGCGGACUUGGUGUAUGCGCUGAAUUUGAUGCGCGCGCAGGUUGCCGCUGAAUUGUGCUGCACCGCCCUGCCGUUGAGCGACGGCGCUGCCGCGACAUCGGGCUUCAUUGAGAGCUGCCGGUGCAUUAUUCCUGCGCUGGCCGCGGACCUGGGGUACACGCAG